GAAGGGAAGAACCUAAAUAUAUAUGUAUCAUCAGAGCAAAGCUCGAGGGCAGAAAACUAGGGUUUCGCUUCUUUCUUUCGUGAAAAGAAGGGCGAGCGAGAGAGCGAGGCGGAGAAGGAGAUGCGGCCGAUAUUGAUGAAGGGGCACGAGCGGCCCCUGACGUUCUUGAAGUACAACCGGGAGGGGGACCUGCUCUUCUCGUGCGCCAAGGACCACACUCCCACCGUCUGGUUCGCCGACAACGGCGAACGCCUCGGCACCUACCGCGGCCACAACGGCGCCGUCUGGUGCUGCGACGUCUCCCAUGAUUCUGGACUCCUCAUUACGGGCAGUGCAGACCAGAGCGUGAAGCUGUGGAAUGUUCAGACAGGAGCGCAACUCUAUACUUUUAACUUUGGUUCUCCAGCGAGGGCUGUGGAUUUUUCUGUUGGGGAUAAGCUUGCUGUAAUCACUACCGACCCAUUUAUGGGGCUUCCAUCCACCAUUCAAGUGAAACAAAUUGCCAGAGAUCCUAGUGAACAGACUAGUGAAUCGGUGCUUACAAUCAAGGGGCCUCAAGGAAGAAUCAAUAGGGCUGUUUGGGGACCUUUAAACAAGACUAUAAUAAGUGCUGGUGAAGAUGCAGUAGUUCGAAUAUGGGAUUCUGAGACUGGACAGCUGCUGAAGGAGUCAGAUAAAGAAACUGGUCAUCAGAAAACAGUAACUUCACUAUCAAAAUCCGCAGAUGGUUCCCAUUUCCUCACAGGUUCAUUGGAUAAAUCUGCUAAGCUUUGGGAUAUAAGGACACUGACUCUUAUCAAGACGUACGUGACAGAACGUCCUGUCAAUGCUUGUGCGAUAUCUCCUCUUCUUGACCAUGUGGUAAUGGGAGGUGGCCAGGAAGCAUCACAUGUCACAACAACUGAUCGUCGUGCUGGAAAGUUUGAGGCUAAAUUUUUUCACAAGAUUCUUCAAGAAGAGAUUGGGGGUGUGAAAGGGCAUUUUGGACCAAUAAAUGCUCUAGCAUUUAAUCCUGAUGGAAGAAGCUUCUCGAGUGGUGGUGAAGAUGGUUAUGUAAGGCUGCAUCACUUCGACCCUGAGUACUUCAAUAUCAAGAUGUGAUUUCUGGCAUAUGAAAUUGGGAGUGUCGCGGUCAAAUGGGCGGUGAAAUAGAGCAGUCUCAACUUUUGCGCAAUCUUGUAUCACCAAGCCGAGGAUAUUGGAAGAUCUUACACCGAGGACACUUCGUUGGUUGAUAGGUGGCUCUUGACGCCUCAGAAGUCGGGACAUCUAACCUUGCGGUUAUGGUUGCAGUACUGGUUGUUGUGCCGAGAGGCAGGCCUCUUGUUUCUGGAGACAUUUCAGGCUGAACUCGUCGCUUGUUGUCCUUUUUUAGCAGUUGUUUUUUUAAGAUUGCUCCCUUCUCUCAGGCACCGAAUACAGUUAUGUAUAUAUAACAAAUGGUGCUUCUUGAUUUUGGAGUUUAUUGUCAAAAAUCUCUGGCUGCAUGCAGCUCGUUUUCAAUGGAGACUUCGAUUUGUUUUUUCAAA